GCCUUCCAAUGGCACGGAGGGUGUUGAUGCUGAUAUGGUCCAGCGGCUUGUUGACUACUACGACAACGUCAAGUUGGAGAUGACCUCGCCUUGCACGCUUGAGUUCAAGUCCUUGGCCAAGCAUCACUUGCAGAACUCUGUCCAUAUAAGGUACAACAUCUACUGGCCCAGAUGUUCAUGUGGCCUGACUUCCCGAGCGCUCAAGAAGGAUGUUGUGACCAUUGCUUACAACUCGCCCGAUGCUACCGCGAAGCAGAACCUUCUUGUGGCCACCAAGUCAGCAGAGCAACUUGCGUUGUGGUUUGAUGAGCAGCUUCAUGAUGACACCUACGCUGACAUUGGGGACUUUGUGGACACGUGCUAUACCGAGAUCAUGGACAAGUCUGAGGAGAUCAGGACUAGCGGUUGGGAGGCCUUGCGCAUUCUCCAGUCCCGUUGA